UCCGCCCCCAGGUACCCGGCUCGCGCGGCUCGGUACGCGAGCCGGGAUCCCGAGCCGCCUCAGCACCCCCGCCCCGCGUGCAAAGCGCCGCGCCCUCCGGCCGCCCUGCCUGGUGCAUGGAGGGACCCGUUCGGAUCGCAGCCGCCGCCGCCGCCAGCGCGCGGGGUGAUGACUUGGGGGUGGCUCUCGGAGCCGGCUGCCGCGCAGGAGGUCUGGGGGCUUAGCCAGCCCCGCCGAGAGUGAGUUGAGGCCUUGGCUUUCUCGGGGAGUCUAUCCGGCCUACUUCUGUAACUGGGCGCUAUGCAUCCAGAUCUCGCACCCUUAUGGACACUCCUGUAUGUUCUUGGAAUUCUGUAUUCUUCUGUGAGUUCAGACUUGACACCUUAUUUUAUUUCUGAGCCACUCUCUGCUGUCCAGAAGCUUGGUAGACCCGUGGUCCUACAUUGUUCUGCUAAACCUGUUACUGCUCACAUCUCAUGGUUGCAUAAUGGAAAAAAAUUGGAGCGAAACAUGGAACAGAUUAAGAUUCAUCAAGGGACUCUGACCAUUCUUGCUCUUAACCCUUCCCUUUCGGGUUGCUACCAGUGCAUCGCCAACAGUAGCACUGGUGCCAUUGUGAGUGCCCCUGCGACAGUGUCCACUGCGGUUCUUGGUGAUUUUGAUUCAUCGAUAAAGCACAAUGUUAUUAUAGCAGAAGAGAAAAGUACAGGUUUCAUCAGCUGUAGAGUGCCAGAGAGUAACCCAAAAGCUGAGGUGCGCUAUAAGAUCCGGGGAAAGUGGCUGAAGCAUUCCUCAGGGAACUAUAUAAUCCUUCCAUCGGGAAAUCUUCAGAUUUUGAAUGUAUCCUCACAAGAUAAGGGAUCAUACAAGUGUGCCGCUUAUAAUCCAGUCACCAGUGAAUUGAAAGUUGAACCCAUUGGCCAGAAGCUCCUUGUGAGUCGCUCUUCCUCAGAUGGUUUUCACAUUCUUCACCCCACCCUUUCUCAGACCUUAGCUGUCCUUCCUCAUAGCCCUGUAACCCUGGAGUGUGUGGUGAGUGGGGUCCCAGCCUCACAAGUGUAUUGGCUGAAGGAUGGACAGAAUGUGAUAUCAGGAAGCAACUGGAGAAGGCUGCAUUCUCAUCUUUCCACCACUAGCAUUGACCCUUCGGACUCUGGGAACUAUUCCUGUGUAGUGGGCAACAAGUCCGGAGACAUAAAACAUGUCACUUACAUGGUUAAGAUACUGGAGCGUGCAUCAAUUUCUAAAGGACUGCAUGAUCAGAAAGUGUCCCUGGGGGCCACUGUACAUUUUACCUGUGAUGUUCGUGGGAACCCAGUCCCCAACUGUACAUGGUUUCAUAAUGCAUGGCCUAUUCAUCCCUCCCCACGGCAUCUAGCUACAGGAAAUGGACUGAAAAUCACUGGGGUUACCAUGGAAGAUUCUGGUCUGUAUCAGUGUGUAGCAGACAAUGGAAUUGGAUUUACACAGUCUACUGGAAGACUUCAAAUUUACCAAGACAGUGGAUUUAAGCCCAUUAUAGUCACGGCGCCAGUGAGUACAAAGGUGGCAGAUGGAGACUUUGUUACUUUGUCCUGCAAUGCCACUGGAGUUCCAGUCCCGGUCAUUCAUUGGUAUGGCAACCAUGGAUUGAUAACCAGCCAUCCGUCUCAGGUCCUUAGGUCCAAAUCCCAAAAGUUCCACCUGUUCAGACCUGGGGAUCUUAACCUGGAGCCUGUCUACUUCAUCAUGUCCCGAGCUGGCUCAAGCUCUCUGUCUAUUCAGGCAGUUACUCAGGAACAUGCUGGGAAAUACACCUGUGAAGCCACGAACAAACAUGGCACCGCACAGUCAGACGCACUCCUCACAGUGGUUCCUUUUGAAACAAAUACAAAAGCAGCUACAGCUACACCUUCCAAAGCUACUCAGAAUGAUGAAAGAGACCCAAGAGACAGUUCGGAAUCUGGCUUGCUGAGCUUGUUUCCAGGGAAGGUGCAUUCCAGUGCAGUGGAAUUGCCACUGGAGAAAAAUGUCUCUGUCCCCGAUGCACCUAUUAUACUGAGCCCCCCUCAGACCCACACACCAGACACAUACAACCUGGUGUGGAGGGCAGGGAGGGAUGGAGGACUGCCCAUCAAUGCCUAUUUUGUGAAGUACCGAAAGCUGGAUGAUGCUGCUGGCACAGUGGGCAGCUGGCAUACAGUUCGAGUCCCAGGAAGUGAAAAUGAGCUCCAUCUAACUGAACUGGAGCCAUCAAGUCUUUAUGAAGUUCUAAUGGUGGCAAGAAGUGUAGCUGGUGAAGGACAGCCUGCCAUGCUUACCUUCCGGACCAGCAAAGAAAAAGCAGCAUCUUCAAAAAACAUCCAGGUGUCCUCUCCACCCGUGGGCAUCCCUAAACGUCCUGUUAUCUCAGAGGCUUCAAACAACAAUUUUGGAGUGGUGCUUACAGAUUCCUCUCGGCAUAGUGGAGUCCCAGAGGCGCCAGAUCGGCCUACUAUCUCCACUGCAUCUGAGACCUCAGUCUACGUCACCUGGAUUCCCAGGGCAAACGGGGGGUCUCCCAUCACUGCCUUCAAGGUGGAGUAUAAACGGAUGAGGACUACUGAUUGGCUGGUGGCUGCUGAAGAUAUCCCUCCUUCCAAGCUUUCUGUGGAAGUUCGUAGUUUAGAACCAGGUUCAACAUACAAAUUUAGGGUCAUUGCUAUCAACCAUUAUGGCGAGAGUUUUCGGAGUUCAGCAUCCCGUCCUUACCAGGUAGCUGGCUUCCCCAGUCGUUUUUCCAACCGCCCAAUAACUGGACCUCACAUCGCAUACACAGAAGCCGUCAGCGAUACUCAGAUUAUGUUAAAGUGGACGUAUAUUCCAUCAAGUAACAAUAAUACGCCUAUUCAAGGAUUUUAUAUCUAUUACCGGCCAACAGAUAGUGACAACGACAGUGACUACAAGAGGGAUGUUGUUGAAGGGUCAAAGCAGUGGCACAUGAUUGGUCAUCUGCAGCCUGAAACCUCCUAUGACAUUAAGAUGCAGUGCUUUAACGAAGGUGGGGAAAGUGAGUUCAGCAAUGUAAUGAUCUGUGAGACCAAAGUGAAACGUGUUCCUGGAGCUUCGGAGUAUCCCAUGAAAGACUUGAGUACCCCUCCCAGUUCUUCAGGAAAUGGAGGGAAUGUGGGGCCUGCGACCAACCCCGCCAGAAGCAGUGAUAUGUUAUACCUCAUUGUUGGCUGUGUGCUCGGAGUUAUGGUCCUUAUUCUUAUGGUUUUCAUCGCAAUGUGCUUGUGGAAAAGUCGCCAACAGAAUGCCAUACAGAAAUAUGACCCACCAGGAUAUCUCUACCAAGGGUCAGAUAUUAAUGGGCAGAUGGUAGAGUAUACCGCUCUCUCGGGAACAAACCGGAUCAAUGGGAGUGUUCACGGAGGCUUCCUCAGCAAUGGCAGCCUCAGCAAUGGCUGCUCCCAUCGCCACCAUAAAGGCCCCAACGGAGUCAGUGGGAUCCUGAAUGGAAGCUUAAAUGGAGGGCUUUACCCUGCACACACUAACUCGCUAACCAGGACGCAUGUGGAGUUUGAACAUCCUCACCAUCUAGUGAAUGGUGGAGGGAUGUACACAGCAGUCCCCCAGAUGGGCCCUCUGGAAUGUGUCGGCUGUCGAAAUUGCCGGAACAACAAUAGGUGUUUCACCAAAACCAACAGCACUUUCAGCAGCGGCCCCCUUCCUGUGGUCCCAGUGGUAGCCCCUUAUCCUCAGGAUGGCCUGGAAAUGAAGCCCCUGAGUGCCAUGAAGGUGCCUGUGUGUCUGGCUUCUACAGUUCCUGAUCAUGGCCAGUUACCUGAGGAGAGCAUCAAGGACAUUGUGACACCAAAGCCUACCCGGCAUACAUGCUGUCAGGACAAUAUAAGUGAUAUCAACUCUGAUUCUACAAAAGAUACAGCAGAGUCCAGCAGAGGAGACAGCAGUGGCCAUUCAGAGACAGAGGACAAAAUUUUAAGUUGGAAUCCUCUCAUUUUGUCGCCUAUCUUGGAGGACUCUACUGAGAAGACAACAUGGUCUCCUUCUGGCACUGCUCUAGACGCACUGUCAGGGGUCCUUCAGCAAGCCCAGGAAACCUGAGUAGGUGUACAGGCUUCUCGGUGUUCUCACUGCCAGCCAGUAACUGCACAAAACAGGCCUGGGGACAAACUGUGUGAAGGACAUUAAUCCAAAUCAGAGAAAUAAUUAUUUAUUUUUUUGUGGUAGUAAUGUCAUGAAUGUACCUUAAAGUGUGUGCCCUUUUAUAUUAUUUAUGUCUUAAAAUUUCCCUCUUCCAUUUCUUCCUUCCCUCUCAAUAGGAAACAAUUCCAUUUUGUAUCAUUUUCAAUAAUCUGGAGAGUAGAGGAUCAUUCUGUGUUUUCAAAACUCUCAGUGGCAGUAGGAACUUGUGCCAGGCCCCAUCUGCUGUCCCAUCAGCUGGGAGGGAAUUGCUCAGGCCAUUUGAAGUUUGCCACCAGUCACAUUCUUAGAUGGAAAACUGUCUUAAUACCAUGUUAUAGGCUUUCUGAGAACAUCUGAAACCAACCACAUUUGCGACCUAAUGUUUAUAAGAGCAGAUCUGCUGAUGAAUUUUACAAGUUCCUUACUUCCUGUCUGUACCCAGGCACAAGCAACAUUCAGUCUUCUGGUUAGCCAGUGUUGUGAACAUGGAAGCAUGCAAAGUCUGUUUGGAUUAUUGCAGUAUGCAGAAAGGGAACCAGGUCCCAAAAGAACUACGUUAAUUCAUAAAAUGGUCACCAUGGGCCUCUUCACUACUUGCAGCGGUGUGUGCAAAGUAAGACUUUUGAAGUGAUGGCUUGAAAAUAAGAUGUUACACGUUUCAAGAAGAAAGAGGAGGGCUGAAGUGAUGUCUAAGCAGAAGCUCUUCAGUCUGUUCCCUGGGGUCAUGCUCAUAGUGCCAUACCACCCGAAGAUUGCCCUUUUUGUCACUUCCAUCAUGGGUGAUAUCCUGGAAGAUGUGAGUGAGCAUGUAUCAGUCAGCCUUCUGCUACUGUAGCAAAAUAUCUGAGACGAUGAACUGAUAGGGAGAAAAGGUUGUUUUGGCUCACAGUUUUAGAGGUUCUGGCCCAUAAUCAAAUGGACCUGUUGCUUUGGGCCUAUGGUGAGAGAGCCUGGCAUGGUGGGUAUGCAUGGUGGAACAAAGCACCUUAUAAGCCAGGGGAAAAGGGGAGGAAGAGGAAGGGGCAGGGUCUGUCAGUCCUCUCCACAAGGGAUGACCUGAAGACCUCCCAUGAGUUCUCACCUCUUAGAGGUUCUACCUCCCAUGGGCCACCAUGAGGCCAAGCCUUUAGUACAUAGGCCUUGGGAGGACAGUCAGUAUCUAGACUAGCAGAAUGUCAGGAACGGCUUAGUUUGGAGGAAAAGAGGGUUCCUGACAGUUUUUCUGAUGGCCAUCAUGGUGAAUGGUCACCUAAAGCUUUGGUCAGCAGCAUUCAUUAAUCAGUUGCUGCUGCCUCAUGACAGGGACAUUUCAGCAGCCUCUAGACGGCUUUCUCCUCUCUAUGUAAAACAAGCAAACACCCAGGCACUGCAAAUGCAUUUCAUAGCUUGAACCCGGCCCUAAUGGAUCACUGUUCUGUUUUUGGAUGGUGUAUCCUUUUGGAGAAACAGAAAAUUAUUCUCUUUAUGUGGAAUCAAGCAAUUCCAUGAUAAGUUUUUUUUUUUUUAAUUUAGUUUUCCAGAGAUUGCAGUGGAAGAGAAUAAGAUACUGUACUAAUCAACUGUCUAUAUAAAUGUGUUAUUAUUCCCUUACAUAUGUCUGUAUGUUUUAUAAAUAGAACUGUUAGUGAGAGUGAGCUGUUUCAGUUGGGCCACUAUGCAAGAUUACUCCCAGUAGAAUAUAGUGAAUAUAAUUUCAUAGUCGGGUAGCAGGGCUCCUGUAGAAUCAAGUUCUAUGAUCCCAGUGUCUUAUAGUGUACAAGAUUUGCAGUUCGUUUUGGAGAGAUUAGCUGCAUCUCUUACUUCUGUUACUAACAAAGGACAAAGGCUUGGUACACAGAAUAUGAAGACCUGUGUUUUGCCAGUCGAGUUACAACAAACUGUCAUA